UUAACUCCCAGGGUUGCGGCCAGCGGACGCGGAUCUUCCGCGGUUCUUUUCUCCGGCGAUGUGAGAGAAGCGUCGCUGCCGCCGCCUGCGCUGGAGCGCAUCACCCGCGGCCGCGGAACGAUGGAGCGCGCAACGAGGCUCUUCCUGGCGCUGGAUGUCCUGUGCCUCGUGGUUGCCUCCCUGCCGUUCAUCAUCCUGACAUUGGUAAACUCUCCCUACAAGAGGGGGUUCUAUUGCGAAGACACUUCCAUCCGCUACCCGUACAAGGCAGACACCAUCACCCACGGAGCCAUGGCCGGCGUGACGAUUCCCUGCACCGUUCUCAUUAUUUCUGCCGGUGAGGCAUACCUCGUCUACACCGAACGCCUGUACUCUCGCUCCAAGUUCAACAAUUACCUCGCCGCCCUCUACAAGGUGGUGGGGACCUUCCUGUUUGGCGGCGCCAUCAGCCAAUCGCUGACAGACCUGGCCAAGUACAUGAUUGGGCGCCUGCGGCCCAACUUCCUGGCGGUCUGCAAUCCCAAUUGGUCGAAAGUCAACUGCUCGGUUUAUGUCCAACUGGAAGACAUCUGCCAGGGCAACGCCAAAGACAUCACUGAGUCCAGGUUAUCUUUCUAUUCCGGACACUCCUCAUUUGGAAUGUACUGCAUGAUGUUCCUAGCACUCUACGUCCAAGCACGCCUGGUCGGGCGAUGGGCACGCCUGGUUCGACCCACCAUCCAGUUCUUCCUCAUCUCCUUCGCCAUCUUCGUGGGCUACACCCGGGUCUCGGACUAUAAACAUCACUGGAGUGACGUGUUGUUGGGGCUCCUGCAAGGAAUGCUGAUCGCUGUCCUCAUCGUCCGAUACGUCUCCGACUUCUUCAAGCACCGGCCCCCGCCCCCAUGUGCCGAAAACCCCGCCGCACACAAGCCCAGCGUCCCCCUCAGCGAGCCGGAUCGGAACCAUUACACCUACGAGGAUGGGGCCUGAACUCUUGCCUGAAGUCGUGUGU